AUGGCUUCCUUGUACCAGCGCUUCGGCGGGAAGAUCAACACCUCCCGCUCCUUCCCAGUCACUCCCGAAGCCAGCCACCUCCUAGGCCCCCAGUGCUCCGAGGAAGACGGAGCCGCCGCUGCUGCUGCCGCCGCGUCGGCCCACGCGGCCACUGGAGCGGCGAAAGCUUCGCGCCCGUCGCAGCCGCACAACCCCAGACCUCGCUUCCAGUACCAGGCGAGGAGGAGCGACGGCGAGGAGCAGGAUGAGCUGGUGGGAAGCAAUCCUCCACAAAGGAACUGGAAAGGAAUUGCAAUUGCUCUACUUGUGAUUCUGGUUAUCUGCUCCUUGAUUGUCACUUCUGUUAUCUUGCUGACACCAGUUGAAGAUAAUAGUCAGUCUCAGAAGAAGAAAAUUACAGUGGAAGAUCUAUUCAGCGAAGAUUUCAAAAUUCAUGAUCCAGAGGCUAAAUGGAUAAGUGAUACAGAAUUCAUUUAUAGAGACCGGAAUGGCUCAGUGAUAGUGCACAAUGUGGAAACAAACCAUUCAACAAUUUUAAUAGAAAACAAAAUAAUUGUGUCUAUAAAAGCUAUUAAAUAUGAAGUUUCACCAGAUAGAGAGUAUGGACUUUUUGCCUAUGACAUUGUACCGAUGUACCGGUAUUCAUAUACUGCUUUUUAUGUCCUCAGAAAGCUGCCUAAUGGGGAUCCUCAAAAUCUCUACCCUCCCGAGGUUAGCAAUGCAAAGCUCCAAUAUGCGGGAUGGGGACCCAAAGGCCAGCAGCUGAUAUUUAUAUUUGAAAACAACAUCUACUACUGUGCCCAUAUGGGAAAACAAGCGAUCCGUGUAGUUUCCACUGGAAAAGACAAAGUUAUUUUUAACGGACUCAGUGAUUGGCUAUAUGAAGAAGAGAUCCUGAAAAGCCAGAUUGCCCACUGGUGGUCUCCUGAUGGCACAAGAUUAGCCUAUGCAACUAUUAAUGACUCCCGGGUCCCAUUAAUGGAGAUCCCUACAUUCACCGGAAGCCUUUACCCAAAAGCGGAAGCCUAUCACUACCCAAAGGUCGGGACAGAAAAUCCAAGCAUUUCCUUACAUGCAGUUGUGUUGAAUGGGCCUCCUCAUGUUCUAGAGAUGACUCCUCCUGAUGAUCCACGAAUGAGGGAUUACUAUAUAACCAUGGUGAAGUGGGCAACCAGCACCAAGAUUGCAGUCAACUGGCUAAAUAGAGCACAGAACUUUUCCAUUCUGACUCUCUGUGACGCAACCACAGGCGUCUGCACAAAGAAACAUGAGGAUGAGAGCACAGCCUGGCUGCAUCGACAGAAUGAAGAGCCCAUUUUCUCCAAAGAUGGCAAGAAGUUCUUUUUUGUCCGAGCCAUUCCUCAGGGGGGACGAGGAGAGUUCUACCAUAUUGCCAUGUCAUCAUCUCAGCCCAAUAGCAGCAAUGAUAAUUUACAAUCUAUUACAUCGGGUGACUGGGAUGUGACCAAAAUUUUGGGCUAUGAUGAGAAGCAGCAUAAAAUCUAUUUCCUCAGCACAGAAGAGUUGCCAAGGACUCGGCAUUUAUACAGUGCCAGCACUAAGGGGAACUUCAACCGGCAAUGUCUCUCUUGUGAUUUGAUUAACAACUGCACUUACUUCUGUGCAACUUUCAGCCACAACAUGGCAUAUUUCUUGUUGACCUGUGAAGGUCCACGAAUUCCAAUGGUAACUGUCCACAGAACAUCCGAUACAGAAAAACUUUUUGAUCUAGAAGUAAAUGCCAGAGUGCAGAAGACAGUUGCAGAACGACAGAUGCCCAAGCUGGAAUAUCUGGAUAUCAAGAUUCAGGAUUACAAAUUGCCACUGCAAAUUUUAAAGCCUGCCGUUUUCAUGGAAAACACGCACUAUCCUUUGCUCCUCGUUGUGGACGGGACUCCUGGCACCCAGAGCGUAACAGAAAAGUUUGAAGUGAACUGGGAAAGUGUCAUGGUCAGCUCCCACGGUGCCAUCGUGAUGAAGUUUGAUGGGCGUGGAAGCGGAUUUCAAGGGACUAAACUCUUGCAUGACGUUAAAAGAAAAUUGGGCUCUGCUCAAGAAAAGGAUCAAACAGAUGCUGUUCGGACAAUGCUGGAAAAGGCAUUUAUCGAUAAGACUCGAGUUGCUGUGUUUGGGAAGGAUUAUGGUGGCUACUUGAGUUCAUACAUCCACUUUUCUGGAGAAGAAAAUAAAGAGCCAAACUUCUUGUGUGGUGCUGCUCUUUCCCCAUUGUCAGACUUCAGAUUAUAUGCUUCAGCCUUUUCAGAAAGAUACUUGGGAUUACAAGGGUUCGACAAUAAUAAGAUAUAUGAGCUCACUAAACUCUCUCACCGAGUAACAUCAGUGAAAGACCAACAAUUUUUGAUCAUCCAUGCAACAGCUGAUGAGAAAAUUCACUUCCAGCACACUGCAGAGUUCAUCACUCAUCUAAUUAGGACAAAAGCUAAUUACAGUUUGCAGAUCUACCCUGACGAAGGUCACUACUUCAACAGCCCAACCCUGGAGCAGCACUUGUACAAGUCCAUAGUCAAUUUCUUUGCGGAAUGUUUCAACGUCCCGGACAAAGUCCCAGUGGUUUCCACAAAAGAAGACGAGGAUGAAGAUUAA